AUGGAUCUAAAAGGAAGCUCAAAAUAUGAAAUGAAUCUUCGAAAUCGAAAGAGUUACAGUUCUGUCAUCGAUGAGCGAGAUGAAUAUGAAAGAGCAUUUGAAAACUUUUCCCUUAAAAUCCAGAUCCGACCCAUAGGUGUUAGGGUUUGCAAAUCGGAGCUUGGUUUUGUAGAAAAUCUGAAGGAAGAAAGGCGGUGUUCCGGAGAAGACGACAACAUUCUAAAAAAGGUUUACCGUCGCUUGUUCCGACAAUGGUUUGUAGCUCGGAGGCUAGGAUUUUCACCACCCUCCUUCUUCCCCACCGGCUCCGCUACCACUGUAGAUGCCGGAAACCACCAAGGAGCUAUCAUGUCAUUUAGCUGCCAGCAAAGUCGUUCGUGUUACUGUUUCAUUGCCGCCGAACCGCCAUCUAGCACCGUCGACGUUCCCUUUUCCGGUGACGACGAAGACCACCAGAGGGACCCGUCCCUCCGUCACAACCUCCUCUCCUCCUGUCUCGUAGUCGGUUCUUCAGUGCAACGCCCCAGGCCAUCGGUCGUCGCUGCUGUUACAACCAUUAGCCGCCCGGUUGCUGAUAAUGUUGUUGCCGCCGCCGUGCUACCCUUUUCUGCCACCACUAGCCACCGUGAAAGGUGGUUGUGGGCGUGUUGUAGUGUGUGGGUUUGUGUGUUGUGCUGGUAUGGGGCUGCAAGAGCAUCUUUUGGUCGUAGAUAUGAAGAAAACCCCACUGCCACCACCGUGAGGUGGUGGCUGCCACUCUAA